AAUCCUAAAAUUAGAAGAGAGAUUAUGGAGACCGAAGAAGAGAUGAAGGAAAGUAGUAUAAGCAUGGUGGAGGCAAAGUUGCCACCGGGAUUCAGAUUUCACCCCAAGGACGACGAGCUUGUCUGCGAUUACUUGAUGAAACGAUCGCUUCACAAUAAUCAUCGACCACCUCUCGUCUUGAUCCAAGUCGACCUCAACAAGUGUGAGCCAUGGGACAUCCCAAAAAUGGCAUGCGUGGGAGGGAAGGAUUGGGUGUUCCAUAAGAAUACGGAAGGAGUUAUAUGUAGAGACAACAUGGGAAGCUGUUUUGAUGAGACAGCCUCCGCAUCUCUUCCUCCAUUGAUGGAUCCUUACAUCAACUUUGACCAAGAACCCUCUUCUUACCUCAGUGAUGAUCAUCACUUCAUCAUCAAUGAGCACGUACCCUGCUUCUCCAAUUUGUCACAGAACCAAACCUUUAACUCAAACCUAUCCAACUCAGUCUCUGAACUCAAGAUUCCAUGCAAGAACCCUAACCCUUUGUUUACUGGUGGUUCAGCCCCAGCCACGCUCACAGGCCUCGACUCAUUCUGUUCUUCAGACCAGAUGGUUCUCAGAGCUCUACUCAGUCAGCUCACUAAGAUCGAUGGAAGCCUCGGGGUUAAAGAAUCACAGAGUUAUGGAGAAGGUAGCUCGGAGAGCCUGUUGACCGACAUUGGUAUUCCAAGCAGUACUUGGAAUUGCUGAUGAUCGAGUGUAACCAGAGUUACUAUUGCUAUAUAUUGGAACAAUUCUUCGGGGGGAAAUAACGUGUGCGUGUCUGA